UCAGGUAACUGCUUGUCCAAACACCGUUACUCGUUUGAUCCUCUUUAACACAUGAACACAACUGGAAGUUUGAAGUUAACGCUAAAUGUGAUGGAGUUAAAUAUCAAAACAAUCUAUUGUGUGUUUGUGAGGAUUUAAAAGCUCGCUGUGCUUUAAACACAAAGAUCUGUUAUAAUGAGUACAGAGGGAGACACACAGCGCUUCUUCAGGACGUCUCAGGUUCCCGAUCCUCCUCUCUCACAGCUGUGUGAGGAUGUGAAAAUGGAGACCUCAGAUGGAGAGACAGAAGUCUGUGUGAAAAAAGAAGAGGACAAUGACUACGAAGACAACCUCGACAACACACCUGAAGAUAUCUGCAUUAAAGAGGAAGAUCCUGACCAUAAAGACUACCUCUAUUGUGAGGUUUGCAAAUCUGUGUUCUUCAACAAGUGUGAGGUUCAUGGCCCGCCUCUCUUCAUCCCUGAUACUCCUGUUCCCAUGGGCGUCUCUGACCGAGCCAGACUAACUCUUCCUCCUGGACUAGAGAUUCAAAAGUCCAGUAUUCCUGAUGCAGGUCUGGGGGUGUUUAAUAAGGGGGAGACUGUUCCAGUAGGUGCACAUUUCGGACCCUACCAGGGAGAGCUAGUAGACCGAGAGGAAGCCAAGAACAGCAGAUACUCCUGGGUGAUCUACAGAAGCAGGCAGUGUGAAGAAUACAUAGACGGUGCAAGAGAAGUUUAUUCAAAUUGGAUGAGGUAUGUGAAUUGCACUCGUAAUGAUGAAAAACAGAAUCUUGUGGCAUUUCAAUAUCAAGGUGGAAUUCUGUAUCGGUGCUGUCGAUCCAUUAACCCAGGACAGGAGCUCUUAGUGUGGUAUGAAGUGGAGUACGCCAAAGAACUCAGUCCUGCCUUUGACUACCUGUGGAACAAAAAGUCCUCCACGAACGAAUUAAACAACACUCUCUUGCGAAGCUUUUCUUGCUCUACUUGUGCUCUUUCCUAUGCAACUCAAAUUGGUCUUGACAAACACAUCCAGAGAUGUCACUGCGAAGAGUAUCUGAAACUGGGGGAAUCAGAAGAGAUUAAACAUGAGCUUCCUUACUCCUCAAAUGGCUCCAGUCAGCCCAUAUCAUCUGAUACUCCCAGUUCUCACAAUGACGUACAGAAAGAAAUUCAUCACUGCUCAGAUUGUGGAAAGAGUUUUGCUGAUCAGAAUGCCCUCAAAUCACAUAAGUGCAUUAACACGGUAAAGAAGCCGUAUCACUGCUUACAGUGUGGAAAGAGUUUUAUUCAGAGAUGUUAUCUCAAAAAACACCAGUUCCUUCACACAGGAGAGAAGCCAUUUCACUGCUCACAGUGUGGAAAAAGUUUUACUCAGAGAGGUACUCUCAAAAACCACCAGUUCCUCCACACAGGAGAGAAGCCAUUUUACUGCUCACAGUGUGGGAAGAGAUUUACUCAGCAGUGUAAUCUCACCCGACACCAGCACCUUCACACAGGAGAGAAGCCAUAUCAGUGCUCACAGUGUGGGAAAUGUUUUCCUUGCAAGAGAUAUCUCCAGCGACAUGAGCGCAUUCACACUGGCGAGAAACCGUAUCAGUGCUCACAGUGUGAAAAACGGUUUGCUGACGACAGUACUUUCAAAAAACACCAACGCGUUCACACAGGAGAGAAGUAUUAUUGCUCACAGUGUGGAAAGAGUUUUACUCAGCUACGUAACCUUAAAUAUCACCUGGGUCUACACACAGCAGAGAGGCCGUAACAGUGCUUAGAGUGUGGGAAAAAUUUUACUCGAGUGAGUACUCUCCAACAACACCAACGUGUUUACACCAGAGAGACGAAGUUACCCCGCUUACAGCAUAAAAAGACAUACAUUUUUUUUUGCUAAAUAUGUAACUUCAUACAGUAGUUAUGUUUAAAAUACUUUUAGAAAUGUUUUCUUUUGACAUUAGGUGGUUGUGACAAAGUAUCAUAAUUUUUAUUUUGUUAAGUAAGUCUUAUUGCCCAUUGUUUCAAUUCUUCAUGUGUCAACUAUACCUGAGUGUUAGAUACAGUCGGUUCUGAGAACAUGUGACCUCAAACCCUGUUUCAUUUUAGACAAGCUUAUUUUUGCAUUCUUUAGUUAAGCACUUGGCCCUGGUAGACAGCCAAAUCUCAUCGCCCUAUCUGUCCAUUGGGGUUUCUUCCUGAUAUCACCUUGUAAGAUUCUUGGUCACCUUGGGAGACCAGACUAGGUGAUGGUAAAAAUGCUCUCAGACUUGUCUGCAUCUAGGAGUCCGCUUUCAUUGGCAGGUAGGUUUGUGGAAUUAGUGUUCCAAAAAAAGAAAAACUGUGAUUGAUACCCUAGGAUGUUCUGAAAUGUGGUCAAGUGAGUUCCUUAUUACCAAAGCAAGCUUUUAAUGUUCUUCCCCUCAGGAACAAAAUUUCGGGUAGUCCUCCUGAUUCUUCAGACACUCAAAUGUUUUCCAUAAUCACCCCAUACACAGUGGUGUUCAAAAUAAUAGCAGUGUGUUGAAAAAAGUGAGUAAAGCUCCAUAUGCAGAUAAUAACUUUCAAUUUAAAUUACAUAA